UCGCAGCCGCUGCGGGGACUCCGGCUCCCGGCGAGAUCCCCGAGCCCCGGCGGCUGGUGCUGGGAGCCCGGAGCCCGGGCUGCAGCCGGGAGAGGGGAACCUCCCGCCGGGCCCUGCCCGCUGCUCCCCGGGAGCCUCUCCCAGGGCAGAGCCCCCAGCCCGGCCAGGGCCCCUUCCCGGCCCGGCCCCUGCCCCGGGGGGCCCCGCUCGGAGGGAAGGCUGAGGAAUCACGUCCAGAUUUCGCUCCAGAUCAUCCGGUCUUCCAGGGGACAGGGAAGGGAAAUGGCUGUAAUGGAGCCAGCUCAGAUGCGGGUGACCUUCGAGGAGGUGGCUGUGUAUUUCACAAAGGGUCAAGGAGCUCUGCUAGAUGCUGAUCAGAGAGCCCUCUACAGGGACGUCAUGCAGGAGAUCUACGAGACGGUGACCUCGCUGGGGUUUCCUAUUCCCAAACCUGAGCUGAUCGCCCAGCUGGAACGAGGGGAAGAGCCGUGGGUGCCCGAUCUCCAGGCCUCAGAGGAAAGAGAGAUCUCAAGAGGCGCCCACACAGCAGGUGAUGAGAGAGUGAAUGAGAAGGAGGAGGAGAAUCAACAUGAGCACGUUCCUGGGGAAGUGGAAUCACAGGGGACCUUUGUGGGAAGAGCUGAAGGGAAUUUUUCCCAGUGCUUGGAAGAGGGAGAAGCCUGGGGAAAUUGGCACAGGUCAGAGAAGCUGCUGGUUAACUACCCAAGGAAGAAAGUGGGUGAAUCCAUUAAAUGUUGGGAAGGAGACAAGGAUCCCACAGCCCAGCAGACAAAUCCCAAGGAAGAAAAACCCUAUCAGUGCCUCAAAUGUGGGAAAGGAUUCAUUCUGAGAUCACACCUUGUGACACAUCAGAAAAUCCAUACUGGACAGAAACCCCUUCAAUGCUUGGACCGUGGAGAAAGCUUCAAUAACCGAUCAGACCUGAAUAACUAUAGGAGAAACCACAUGGGAGAGAAUCCCUAUCAAUGCCUCGAGUGCGGGAAACGUUUCAGUGGAGAGUCAGCACUAAUUAUGCAUCAGAGAAUCCACACAGGAGGGAAACCCCAUAAGUGCUCAGACUGUGGGAAAGAUUUCACACGUAGAUCAGCCCUUGUUAUACAUCAGGCAAUCCACACAGGAGAGAGACCCCAUAAGUGCUUGGACUGUGAGAAAACUUUUAUACGUAGGUCAGACCUUGUGAAACAUCAGGCAAUCCACACAGGAGAGAGACCACAUAAUUGCUUGAAUUGUGGGAAAAGUUUCAUGUGGAGAUCAGCCCUUACUCAGCAUCAGGCAAUCCACACAGGAGAGAGACCCCAUAAGUGCUUGGACUGUGAGAAAACUUUUAUACGGCGGUCAGACCUUGUUAGACAUCAGGCAAUCCACACAGGAGAGAGACCACAUAAUUGCUUGAAUUGUGGGAAAAGUUUCAUGUGGAGAUCAGCCCUUGUUCAGCAUCAGGCAAUCCACAUAGGAGAGAGACCCCAUAAGUGCUUGGACUGUGAGAAAAGUUUUAUACGUAGGUCAGACCUUGUUAAACAUCAGGUAGUCCACACAGGAGAGAGACCCCAUAAGUGCUUGGGCUGUGAGAAAAGCUUUCUACGUCGGUCAGCCCUUGUUAGACAUCAGGCAAUCCACACAGGAGAGAGACCCCGUAAGUGCUUGGACUAUGAGAAAACUUCUAUACGUAGGUCAGACCUUGUUAAACAUAAUUGCUUGGAUUGUGGGAAAAGUUUCACAAAUAGAUCAGCCCUUGUUAGACAUAAGGCAAUCCACACAGGAGAGAGACCCCAUAAGUGCUUGGAUUGUGGGAAAAGUUUCCUGUGGAGAUCAGCCCUUGUUCAGCAUCAGGCAAUCCACACAGGAGAGAGACCCCAUAAGUGCUUGGACUGUGGGAAAACUUUUAUACGUAGGUCAGAGCUUGUUAAACAUCAGGCAGUCCAUACAGGAGAGAGACCACUUAAGUGCUUGGAUUGUGGGAAAAGUUUCCUGUGGAGAUUAGCCCUUGUUCAGCAUCAGGCAAUCCAUACAGGAGAGAGACCCCAUAAGUGCUUGGAUUGUGGGAAACGUUUCACAAACAGAUCAGCCCUUGUUAGACAUCAGGCAAUCCACACAGGAGAGAGACCCCAUAAGUGCUUGGACUGUGGGAAAAGUUUCAUGCAGAGGUCAGACCUUGUUAAACAUCAGGCAGUCCAUACAGGAGAGAGACCCCAUAAGUGCUUGGAUUGUGGGAAAAGUUUCCUGUGGAGAUCAGCCCUUGUUCAGCAUAAGGCAUUUCACAGAGGAGAGAGAACCCAUAAGUGCUUGGACUGUGAGAAAAGUUUUAUACGUAGGUCAGACCUUGUUAAACAUCAGGUAGUCCAUACAGGAGAGAGACCCCAUAAGUGCUUAGACUGUGGAAAAAGUUUCAGAGACAGAUCAGCCCUUUUUAAGCAUCAGGCAAUCCACACAGGAGAGAGACCCCAUAAGUGCUUGGAUUGUCAGAAAAGUUUCACAAACAGAUCAGCCCUUUUUAAACAUCAGGCAAUCCAUACAGGAGAGAGACCCCAUAAGUGCUUGGAUUGUCGGAAAAGUUUCACAAACAGAUCAGACCUUGUUAAACAUCAGGCAAUCCACACAGGUGAGAGACACCAUAAGUGCUUAGACUGUAACAAAAGUUUCACGUGGAGAUCAGUCCUUGUUAGACAUCAGGCAAUCCACACAGGAGAGAGACCCCACAAGUGCUUGGACUGUGAGAAAAGUUUUGUACGUAGGUCAGACCUUGUUAGACAUCAGGCAAUCCACACAGGAGAGAGACCCCAUCAUUGUUUGAAUUGUGGGAAAAGUUUCACACAGAGAUCACACCUCAUUAAACAUGGGAUAAUCCACACAGGAGCUAAACUUCUGUGACACACGGCCAGAAAGCGUUAAGAAACUUGCAGAAUAAUUGACCCAGAUUCAGCUUUUAGAGACACAUUCAAAAAUUCUGUAAAUGGUAAAUACAGCCAUUCCACGUUAGAUAGACUAGAACUUUGAAAUGUAAACUUUUAUUUUUAAAGACCUGGAAGAAGAUGGUAACUGUAGUAGUCUGUGUUUACUUUUAUCUUGUUAGAGGUUAACAGUGUAAACAAACGGUUCCUGUCUAGGACUGUAUUCUGUUGUCAGAGAUCAAAAGGGAAUAUUAACAUUUAGAUGAAACUUGGGUGUAAUAAUGUCGUUGUCUGCAUGUCUCUUUAAAGUCUGUGGUUAACUGUCUAUGAACUGCUUUAUGGAUAAUUACCUUAUGUUAAUCCCUGUAAUUAAUUACCUGUGACGUUUAGGAAAUAGAAGCUUACUUCAAAAGCUUAUUGUUCACCCAAGGACUGCCUGCUGAUGAGAGACAGCAAAAAUCUCUAGAAAAACUCUUGGGACCUGAUCCUUUUAUCCCAGUUCUUCUUAAACUUUAUUUGGGGGGGAGUUUGAGUCGUAAGACUGAGAUCUCCAGUCCAGCUGGACCCCCCUGAUAUUGAACAUUUGGACAUUGGACUAGAACGUGAUGAAAUGAUUCCGAAAAGGACUCUUUGCAAUUCUAAAGCACCAUCUCUGCAGUGAAACUGCCCUAAGGACUCUGUUCAUGUCUCUGUGUAUAAUGAUCUUUUAACCAAUACUCUCUCUCUUUUCUUCUUUUAAUAAAUCUUAGUUUAGUUAAUAA